UCUAGCCAUCCAUUUCGCUACUCCGAGAGACUGGCGCGCCGCGGGGUCCUCCAAGAUGGCGGCGCAGAGGAGGAGCCUGCUCCAGAGUGAGCAGCAGCCAAGCUGGACAGAUGACCUGCCACUCUGUCACUUCUCCGGCGUUGGUUCAGCUUCCAACCGUAGCUACUCUGCUGAUGGCAAGGCCACUGAGAGUCACCCUCCGGAGGACAACUGGCUCAAGUUCAGAAGUGAAAACAACUGCUUCCUGUAUGGGGUCUUCAAUGGCUAUGAUGGCAACCGAGUGACCAACUUUGUGGCGCAGAGGCUCUCGGCAGAGCUCCUGCUGGGCCAGCUCAACACCGAACACACAGAUGCUGAUGUGCGACGGGUCCUGCUGCAGGCCUUCGAUGUGGUGGAGAGGAGCUUCCUGGAGUCUAUCGAUGAUGCCUUGGCUGAGAAAGCAAGCCUCCAGUCCCAGCUGCCGGAGGGUGUGCCCCAACACCAGCUGCUACCUCAGUAUCAGAAGAUCCUUGAGAGACUCAAGGCACUGGAGAAGGAGAUCUCUGGAGGGGCCAUGGCUGUCGUGGCGGUCCUUCUCAACAACAAGCUCUACGUUGCCAAUGUCGGUACAAACAGGGCCCUCCUGUGCAGAUCCACAGUGGACGGGCUACAGGUCACACAGCUGAACGUGGACCACACCGCCGAGAACGAGGACGAGCUCUUCCGUCUCUCACAACUGGGUUUAGACGCAGGAAAGAUCAAGCAGGUGGGCGUCAUCUGUGGACAGGAGAGCACCAGGCGAAUUGGGGAUUACAAGGUCAAAUAUGGCUACACUGACAUUGACCUGCUCAGCACUGCCAAAUCCAAACCCAUCAUCGCAGAGCCCGAAAUCCACGGCGCACAGCCUCUGGAUGGUGUGACGGGCUUCCUGGUACUGAUGUCGGAGGGGCUGUACAAGGCCCUGGAGGCAGCCCAUGGGCCUGGGCAGGCCAACCAGGAGGUUGCUGCAAUGAUUGACACCGAAUUUGCCAAGCAGACCUCCCUCGAUGCAGUUGCCCAGGCUGUGGUAGACCGUGUAAAGCGUAUCCACAGUGACACCUUUGCCAGCGGGGGGCGGGCCAAGUUCUGCCCACGGCAUGAAGACAUGACCCUGCUGGUGAGGAACUUUGGCUAUCCAUUAGGUGAAAUGAGCCAGCCUACACCCACCCCGGCCCCAGGUAUGUAUGCAAUGGGCCAUGUGUCCCCUGUUUCUGUGCCCUACUCAAGUGCCCAGAGCACCAGCAAGACCAGUGUGACUCUGUCCCUCGUCAUGCCUUCUCAGGGCCAGAUGGUCAACGGCUCUCACAGUGCCUCCACCUUGGAUGAAGCCACUCCUACUCUCACUAACCAGAGCCCCACUCUGACCCUGCAGUCUACCAACACCCACACCCAGAGCAGCAGCUCCAGCUCGGGACAGGGGCCUCUUCCGCCCAGACCGCUCACUCGCCUUCCACCUGGAGAGGAUGGCAGGGUCGAGCCCUAUGUGGACUUUGCUGAGUUUUACCGACUCUGGAGCGUGGACCAUGGCGAGCAGAGCGUGAUGACGGCACUUUAG